CGACCGGCUUUCCACGCCCGCUGCCGCCGCUGCCCCGGCCGCGCGCCCGACAGGGACGCGAGAGAUGGGGGAUGCGCCGCCCCCGCUGCAGGGCUCCAACAAGCCGCACCUGGAAAAGCUGACCCUGGGCAUCACCCGCAUCCUAGGAAAAGGAAUUCUAAAAAGCCUUUUAAGAAUUUCUGCUCUAAUAACCAGAAUUGUGACAGCUGAUGAAAUUUCACACCUUUAAUGUGUUAUGUUAAAUGGCGAAAGAUUAUCCAGAAUCUUCUCCAGGUGUGACAGAGGUGACCAUCAUAGAAAAAGCACCAGCUGAACGUCAUAUGAUUUCUUCAUGGGAGCAAAAAAAUGACUGUGUGAUGCCUGAGGAUGUGAAGAACUUUUACCUGAUGACCAAUGGCUUCCACAUGACAUGGAGUGUGAAGCUGGAUGAUAACAUCAUUCCACUGGGCAGCAUGACAAUUAACAGCAUCUCAAAACUGACCCAGCUUAACCAGUCUUCCAUGUAUUCACUUCCUAACGCACCAACUCUGGCAGACCUGGAGGACGAUAUCCAUGAAGGCAGUGAGGACCAGCCAGAGAAGCCUCACUUUGAUUCUCGUAAUGUGAUAUUUGAGCUGGACUCAUGCAAUGGGAAUGGGAAGGUUUGCCUUGUCUACAAAACUGGGAAACCAGCAUCAGCCCAAGACACUGAGAUCUGGUUCCUGGACAGAGCAUUAUACUGGCAUUUUCUCACUGAUACUUUUACCGCCUAUUAUCGCCUGCUCAUCACCCACCUGGGCCUGCCCCAGUGGCAGUAUGCCUUCACCAGCUAUGGUAUCAGCCCUCAGGCCAAGCAAUGGUUCAACAUGUAUAAACCCAUCACCUACAACACAAACCUGCUCACAGAAGAGACUGACUGCUUUGUGAACAAGCUGGAUCCCAGUAAAGUGUUUAAAAGCAAGAACAAGAUCAUAACCCCCAAAAAGAAAGGGCCUGUGCAGCCUACAGGAGGCCAGAAAGGGGCCUCUGGUUCUUCCACCUCUAAAUCCUCUUCUGGCUCUGGAAACUCCAUCCGGAAAUGAGCGCUUCACCUCCUCACCACAACGAUUUCCGUGCUCGGAUGGCCCCAGGCUCACUCUGUAUGUGUGGAACUGCAGACCUUCUCCCAUUUGAAUGAGCAAAACCCUAGGCCUCUUCCCCCCACUGGCAUUAGCUAGGAGUUGGAAGGACACACUGAAGUUUCCCCCAGUCCUUCCCUCGCCCCUCCUCGUUGCAGGUGUGCCAUUCCCUGCCUUUGUAAGCUGUGGGGAUUUCCAGAUCUUUAUAAGUGGCCAAAUAAAGCUACUGAGAGCUUUCCUGUCUUUCUAAA